AUGCCUAGGGGAGUGGUUGCAAUCGUGGGUACCACAGGUGUUGGUAAAUCUGAACUUGGGGUUCAAUUGGCAAAAGCUUUACACGGAGAAGUAAUCAACGGAGACUCCAUGCAGGUUUACAAAGGAUUGGAUGUAAUUACAAAUAAAAUGCCUGUGGAAGAGCGCGAAGGAAUUCCACAUCAUUUAAUGGACUUUCUAGAGCCGCAUCAAGAAUAUCGCGUUACCGAGUUUACUUGCGAUGCCAUAAAAAUUAUUAAAGAGGUUCAUAGUCGUGAUCGUGUUCCGAUUAUUGUUGGUGGAACCCAUUAUUACAUACAAUCCUUACUUUGGAAAAAUUCACUUAUUAAGAGUUACGAUGAUGAAUGUGAUAAUGGUUCGGAAGAUGAUGGAAUCUUGAAUGCAGAGACAGAUAUUCUAUAUAAACGCUUACAAGAAGUUGACCCUGUAAUGGCUAAUAAAUGGCACUGGAAUGAUAGAAGAAAAAUUAGAAGAAGUUUACAGAUAUAUUUGCAAACAGGAAAACGUCAUAGUGACUGGAUUAAAGAACAACAUCAACCAGAUGAAAAAGCUUCGUCAUUGAGGUUUCCUCUGACGUGUAUUUUUUGGUUAUAUGCCGAUCCUAAGGUCUUAGACCAAAGACUCGACAACAGAGUAGAUAAGAUGAUCAAGAUGGGCCUAUUUGAAGAACUAAAAUACCUCAGGAAUAAGGUAGAAAAUGUUAUUAAGCUAAAGAUGUUAUGUUAUGCCUUGUGUAACAAUGAUGAUUCAAAUUUUUGGUUUGUUUGGGUAGGAUAUAAAGAAUUUGAAGCUUAUUUAAAUGCUUUGGAAGAAACACCGUAUUUAGACGAUAAAGUCAUCGAUGCUAUAAAAGAGUCUAAUAUUGAAGCUAUGAAAUCAGCAACACGUAGAUACUCCAGGAAGCAAAUUAGAUGGAUUCGAAAUAAAUUGUUACUUAAAUGUCAAGAAAGCAAUUUGAAUGAUGCAGAUACAGAUUGUAUAAGUAAAGUUAGAGUGUAUUUGCUGAACACUACAUCUCUUGAAAAAUGGAAUCAAGAUGUUCGUGAUGUGGCAAUUACUAUUGUUAAGGAAUUUUUGGAUAAGGGAACUGGACCAGAUCCAAAAUCUUUAAGCCCGGAAGCAAAAGAACUUUUGGAUCCAGCAAUAGAUACAAACACCUUUGACAACUUAAAAGCUUGGACAAAGUACCAGUGUGAUAUUUGCAAAAUUUUUAAUGACAAUUCACCAGUAGUGAUUAACGGACUUUCCAAUUGGAAUCAGCAUUUACAAAGCAAGUGGCACCGAUCCAAUGUUAAACUCAAAAAAGAGAUGAAUAUGAAUUGGAGUGGACAAUUUCCACCUUGGUUCAAAGAGAAAAAAAAAAAAAGUUAG